UGGGGAUGCAACCGGAAGUACGGCGUGUGUGCUGUGCGGUGGGUAGCUGUGUGCGCUCCGCGUGUGCAGCCGCGUGGGCCAUGGGGCGGCGGGCGCGGGGCCGGCGGUUCCAGCAGCCGCCGCAGCCUGAGGGCGAGGAAGACGGCAGCGACGGCAGCAGAAAGCGCGGCCAGGCGGGCUGGGAAGGUGGAUAUCCCGAGAUCAUAAAGGAGAACAAGCUCUUUGAGCACUACUAUCAGGAACUCAAGAUCGUGCCGGAGGGAGAAUGGGACCAAUUCAUGGGCUCACUUCGAGAGCCCCUCCCAGCCACAUUGAGAAUCACUGGUUACAAAAGCCAUGCAAAAGAGAUUCUCCAUUGCUUGAAGAACAAGUAUUUUAAGGAGUUGGAGGACCUGGAGGUAGAUGGACAGAAAAUUGAAGUUCCUCAGCCACUAAGCUGGUACCCUGAAGAACUUGCCUGGCACACAAAUUUAAGUCGGAAAAUCUUGAGGAAGUCCCCAUUGUUGGCAAAGUUUCAUCAGUUCCUGGUCAGCGAGACUGAGUCUGGAAACAUCAGCCGCCAGGAGGCUGUCAGCAUGAUUCCCCCACUGCUGCUCAACGUUGAACCCCAUCAUAAGAUCUUAGACAUGUGUGCAGCCCCUGGAUCCAAGACCACACAGUUAAUUGAAAUGUUGCAUGCAGACAUGAGUGUGCCCUUUCCAGAGGGAUUUGUAAUCGCAAAUGACGUGGACAACAAGCGCUGCUAUCUGCUCGUCCAUCAGGCCAAACGGUUGAGCAGUCCCUGCAUCAUGGUGGUGAACCAUGACGCAUCCAGCAUUCCUAGACUCACGGUAGAUGUGGAUGGAAGGAAAGAGAUUCUCUUCUAUGAUCGGAUUUUAUGUGAUGUCCCUUGCAGUGGCGAUGGCACAAUGAGAAAAAACAUUGAUGUCUGGAAGAAAUGGACUACCUUAAACAGCUUGCAGCUCCAUGGCCUACAGCUUCGGAUUGCAACCCGAGGUGCUGAGCAGCUGGCCGAGGGUGGCAGAAUGGUGUAUUCCACCUGUUCCUUGAACCCUGUGGAGGAUGAAGCCAUCAUAGCAGCUCUGCUGGAGAAGAGUGAAGGUGCCCUGGAGCUUGCUGAUGUAUCUGCUGAGUUGCCAGGACUAAAGUGGAUGCCUGGAGUCUCACAGUGGAAGGUCAUGACUAGAGAUGGGCAGUGGUUUGCAGACUGGCAGGAGGUUCCCCAGGGCAGGCACACGCAAAUACGGCCCACCAUGUUCCCCCCAAAGGACCUGGACAAACUACAGGCAAUGCAUUUAGAGCGAUGCCUUCGAAUACUGCCCCAUCAUCAGAAUACUGGAGGGUUCUUUGUGGCAGUAUUGGUCAAGAAAGCACCAAUGCCAUGGAACAAACGUCAGCCCAAGGUACAGAGUAAAUCUGCACAGGCCAGAGAGCCCAAAGCAUCCAACCCUGUGGCUGCCACAAAGGGAAAUCCCAGUGACCAGUCUGAGCUGGAAAGCCAGAUGAUCACUGGAGCUGGUGACUCAGAAGCAGCUCAGACGACUGAGAACACAGAGAGUAAUGAGAAGAAAGAUGGCGUAUGUGGCCCUCCUCCAUCAAAGAAAAUGAAGUUGUUUGGAUUCAAAGAAGAUCCGUUCGUGUUCAUUCCUGAGGAUGAUCCUUUAUUUCCACCUAUUGAGAAGUUUUAUGCCUUGGAUCCUUCAUUCCCGAGGAUGAAUUUGUUAACCCGAACCACAGAAGGAAAGAAGCGGCAGCUUUAUAUGGUCUCCAAGGAGUUGAGGAAUGUACUGCUCAACAACAGCGAGAAGAUGAAGGUCAUUAACACUGGGAUAAAAGUCUGGUGUCGAAAUAACAGUGGUGAAGAGUUUGACUGUGCGUUCCGUUUGGCACAGGAGGGAAUAUAUACAUUGUAUCCAUUUAUCAAUUCAAGAAUCAUUACUGUAUCAAUGGAAGAUGUGAAGACACUGUUGACCCAGGAGAACCCAUUCUUUAGAAAACUGAGCAGUGAGGCCUACAGUCAAGUUAAGGACCUCACAAAGGGAAGUGUUGUGCUGAAGUACGAACCAGAUUCUGCGAAUCCAGACACCCUCCGGUGCCCCAUUGUGCUGUGUGGGUGGCGGGGAAAGGCCUCUAUUAGAACUUUUGUGCCCAAAAAUGAGCGGCUGCAUUAUCUCAGGAUGAUGGGUCUAGAGGUAUUGGGAGAAAAGAAAAAAGAAGGUGUCAUUCUUACCAAUGAGAGUGUUGCCAGCCCAGAACAGCCUGAAGAAGAGGAUGCCAAGCAGACAGCACAAGACCCCUGUAACCCAGACUCUGUUCCUGGAUGUGACCCAGGUGCAGCUGAGCCAUCCCGGUGAAGAUGUCCCACACACUGAAUUGGUACCAUCCUUUUGUUGGAGAUCAAACCUAGAAUGUCCUUAGCUGGGACCUGGAGAUGAGUGGGUGGCUAGUCUAGGGAGAGCUAUAUUUUCUAGCAUUUGGAAGUCGCUUUUGCAGAAUGGAUUCAUGUUCCUGCUUUAAAGGCUAAUAUGACACAGCCUUUGCAGAAGUCGCUUUUGCAGAGUGGAUACAUGUUUCUGCUUUAAAGGCUAAUACGACACAGCCUUUGCAGAAGUUCGGAUCCCUUGUCGGGCCAGUAUUGGCCUAGUCUAAAAUUAUAGCAAAAAAUCUACAAGUCUUUGGGAAGCAACUCUAUGCUUUUAAUAUUUUUUGGGCUGCACAUCAGUGUGCUGUGCAGUCACGCUGACACUGAGGUCUCAGGUGACUUCUGUGCCUUUGUGAUAAAGGGUGAGGGUAAGCCUGGUGAAUCAUGACAGCAGUUUUGGGGACCGUUUGUGCUUAUCCUGGAAGUGCUUUAAGUGGGGUGGAGAUUGCUGGGGUCAUGAAAUAAAGAGCUAUUAUAAUGUGUCUUGA